GUUGCCUGUGACCAAAUUGUAUAAUCUGGGGUGCAAUAUGUCUUUGCCUCGCCGCCCCCACAAAAUUUGCCGGCUUCGCCACCGUCCGCUUCCUCUUAGGCAUCACGGAAGGUUGCGUUAGCCCGGCAUUUGUCACCAUCACGGCCAUUUGGUACCAAAAGAAAGACCAUGCCAGCCGCACGGCAACCUGGUUGAGUAUGAACGGCCUCGCCCAGGUCCUCGGCUGCCUUCUGACGUACGGCAUCGGCGUCAACGACAGCCUGGGCCUCGCGCCCUGGAGGACGCUCUUCCUGGUCUGCGGCGCCUUGACUAUUGCCGUCGGUGUUGUGUUUUACAUCCUGAUGCCGUGCGGGCCGAACAACGCGUGGUUUUUAAACGAGCGCGACAAGGAGGUUCUCAGUGCUCGGAUGGCUCAGGAUAGAGAGGGCGGAGACAAGACGUCGUUUUCGGUGGUGCAGCUUAGAGAGGCCCUGAGGGAUCCCAAGGUGUGGUGUGUGUUUUGGUUUGGGGUGCUAACUACCAUGCAGGCACCAGUACUUACAUUUGCCUCUCUGGUCAUCAACUCCAUCGGCUACGACAGGUACCAGACGAUGCUAUACACGGCCCCGUCGGGCGCUGUGCAAAUCGCGCUACUCUGGACUGGCGUUUUUCUCUGUUGGGUUAUGCCACAAAAGCGCACCUUCGUCGUGCUCAUCAUGAUCGUGCCGCCGCUCGCUGCCACAAUACUCCUUCUGGAGCUCCCGCUCGACGCCGGCUGGGGAGUGAUUGUUGCCUCAUGGUUGGCCUCGUGCAUCUCGGCCGUCGCAUCGCCGCUGCUCAGCUUGGUCUCGUCCAACUUCAAGGGUAACACCAAACGCGCCGUUGUCAACUGCCUGUUUUUCAUGGGCUAUUGCGCCGGCUGCAUCGGUGCGCCGCAGCUGUGGACCGAGAGGCCACGUUAUUUCAAGGGGGUGGUCACCAGCAUCGUAACUUGGUUGCUGCUGGCGGUUGUUGUGCUGCUGUACCGGUUCUUAUGCAUGCGGGAUAAUACGAUACGUGACGGCGAGGUUUCGGGGUCGGCGGGUACGGGAAUAGAGGCAGACAGCGGCCCCGUGACUCUUGACAAACUCGGACAGCACGAGGCAGAUUUGACGGACAAACAGGAUCGUGGAUUCAGGUAUAGCUGGUGAAAGUGUUCAUCAGCAGUUUAUUUUACUUGCAAAGUACCUACCUAGGUUGGUACUCGCCCA